AUGGAAAGCGAAGAUGAUCCCGUCCCGACAGGCCACAAACGAUUGCCCGAUUCCUGCGUGGAUGGCGAACGAGCAUGCGAAAACUGCCACGAACCCGGAGCCUCAAUGGUCUGCGCGAAUUGCAAGGUGACGGAUAUCGGCAACAUCUGCACCCGAUACUGCUCUCGAAGCUGCCAGCAACAAGGCUGGGAAAGACACAAGAAGACCUGCCACGACCGCCGUCGGCUCAUACGCGCCGCUAGAGUCUUCGUCUCAAUUUGGGACCAUUUCCAAGCACUCACCUACGACCGAAACUACAACUUCGUUCGCUCAGAUGAGAAUGGCAGAGUCAUUCAUAUAGCCUGCCCGGACCUUCCCAGCGCUCUUGAUUGUGCGGGAUGGACUGGAGAGACCAUAUUUCGCCCUUUCCCAGGGUCUGUGGUUCCAGCUGAUGUUGACAAUGAUGUCAAGCGAGCCAUCCUCCACAGACACACUUGCUCCGACAUUGUUGAUGUAGGCCGCCCUCUCGUCGAUGUCAUCUUGAAACCACUUUGUGCUCGAAUUCUCACAGCGAACGUGGAGCCGAAAAACAUUGCCAUGACUACGGUUUCUAAACAUACAGGGCUUAUGUCUGACAGUCAUAUCGUCCUUUAUCUUGAGCUCGCAAGCGGCGAGCGAUUUGCCCUCGAUCUUUCUGGCCGCCAAUACGGGUGGCAAAAAAGUAUUUACACGUGGGAUUGUUUCAUUCGCCAUCGUGCACAGCUCGUCUCCUCUGCAAGCCUUGAUGCGGCCAAUCGAUCCUUGGCACAGUCCAUGGAAGCGUCGCGGCUUGCGCCAACCGAUAUUGGAAGAGCUUCACGCGACCUUCGCUGUGAGAUUGCUCAACAGGUAGCCGAGUCCAUAAAUGCAUCUUUCAGGACGAGGCAGACCAGUGUCCGAAGCUUCAUGUCUCAGUUGGAUGAUUCGUUUUCGGGCCAAGUUGCAGAUCUCAUCUCUCACGCGACCGUGAAGAUUCAAGAGAGGAUUCACGAUAUGACAGUCAAUCGAGGCCUUGGAAGAUGGUACAUAGACAUGGACAUUUCUGGGUCUGUCAAAAACAGUGUCCUACGAGAUGAGGAGCUCGCGCACAGGAUGAAGAGAGUCUUUUUGACCAAGGAUGACAUCAAUUCCAUUCGACUCAAAUACGGGGAUGAGCCACACGAGAUCGCUGAGCAGAAACGGGCGGCUGACCUGGCUCGACUUUGGAACGAACGUGUCAGGGAAUGUGACUCCCUGUUUUAG